AUGGUCGACUCGCGCAACCUGAAAGGCGCAUUGAAGCUCGUUAAUACUCUUGUUCAGAAAGCGGGAAGUGACCAGGCUCCGAUUAAGGGUUCCGUGAGAAUUCCAAGCUUUCCUUCGGCGAAAAGAGGCUGCGGAAGUGCAAGGCGAAGGUCGGUCAACCAGCGAGCAUAUGCUAAACCCGAAACCCCCUCUCUCUCUUUUGACACCCCCUCGCUCCCCUCCUCCCUCCCGUUCCCCUCUAUCCUUCCCGAACCCAACUUCACCCCCUUCUUCCCCCCUUCCCUCCCCUCCUCCCCCCUCCCCCAUUCCCAACACCCACCCCUCCACAUGGGCCCCCGCCCACCCCAACCCCGCUCUCCCCUCCUCCCCUGCGCAGCUGGUGAAGGCGCUGGUGCUGUACCGCAUGGGGCGGGAGGGGGAGGCGCUGGAGCUGGUGAAGGCGCUGGUGCUGUACCGCAUGGGGCGGGAGGGGGAGGCGCUGGAGGUGCGAGCUUGAUUAACGCGCCAGCAAAAACGAAACCCGAAACCCCUUCUUUUCUUCUCUCCCCCAACCCCCCUCAUCAGCUGGUGAAGGCGCUGGUGCUGUACCGCAUGGGGCGGGAGGGGGAGGCGCUGGAGGUGUGCGGGGAGGUGCGGGAGGAGGGGCGCGCGGGGCAGCUGUCAGAGCGCACGCUCAUGGACCUCAUGGACCUCAUGGCUAGGAUGGGCAAAGCCCACGAGGCAGUGGAGGCAUUCGAAGCAGCAGCAGCGCAGCAACCUGAGAACAUGAAGGUGCAGGAGCUGCUGGUGGGGGCGGCUCUGAAGAGCCGAGGCUACGUGAAGAUGCAGCAGGCGGCCAUGCGCAUGCACAAGAAGAGACCCAAAGACGACAGAUUCCUGCUCUGGGCCGUCUGUAGCAUGGACCUGCAGCCCAUCCCUCUCUUCCCUCCUCCACCAUCUCUCUCCCUUCGUCACUUUUUCUCCUCCCAACCGCCUCUCUUUCUCAUCCCGUUUCCUUCCACUCGCCGCUCUCUCGUGCCCCUCCAGGCUUUUGAGAAGGAGAGUCACACAGUCUGCCACCUUCCCUCAUCCGUCUCCUGCUUCCACCUGCCAGCUCCACCUGCCGCCACCUCAGCACCAAAUGCCACGUCAGCAGCUGACGUGGCGAAGCAGCGGCGGCAGCUGCUCCAGCUGGCGGAGGCAAUGAUUCAACGGAAGGCACAGAGCGAGGGAGGGCUGAAAUCGGCUGAAGCACUUCGCCUGUACGUGGAUGUGCUGCGGCGGCAGGGCAAGGGGGAGGAGGUGGUGAGAGCGCUGCAAGGCCCCAUGGCCGCCCUCUUCACUAUCAAAUCCGAUCUGCUCCAGAUCCGGGGCGAGGUGCAGCAGGACUUGGCGCGCUUCACUGAUGCUGCUGCCACCUUCAAGGAGCUGCUGGGCGUGAGUGAUGAUGACUGGGUGGCAUCCUUGUCCUAUCUGGACUCACUCUUGCUAGCCCACCUACAGUCAUCGCUCUCCACUCCUCUCAACGAGGCUGUAGCAGCAGUCACUGCUGACGCCGCUACAGCUACUUCUACUGCUGCUACAGCUCCUGCUACAGCUGGUAACAAACCUGCAGCUGCUACCUCAGGAGGAGGUUCGGGAGGAGGUUCGGCAGAGGGUGGGAGGGAGUGGGCCACUAGGGAGAGCCGGCUGCUGCAGGGGCUGCUGCUGCGGAUGCUGCAGAGGGGAGGGGCUUGGGGGGAAGGGGUAAAGGGCGGAGGAGGGGGAGAUGGUGGUGGGGGGAGUGAAGGAGGGGUGGAUGGGGGCGAGUGGGAGAGUGUGUGUGCGGUGGGGGCUGCAGCAACAGCUCUGGAUGUGGCGUGCAGGUCACCGGGGAACAAGAGGAUUCAAGAGGAGCUCUUCCGGAUUCUCUCAGAAGCCGACCGGUUCUUCCAGGGCCUCAGAGACAGCCUCCUGGCACAGCAGCACUCGUCACACCAGCACCUCUCGGGAAGCGGGCAGCCGGAAAUGAAAAAAGUGGAGGAGGGCAGCGAGCAGGAGGGGGCCGAGGGAGCACAGGCAGGGGAAGAGGAUCCAAGUCAUGCCAGCAACGCCAGCAGCAACAACGCAUCGGCUUUGGAAGCAGCAGCGAGCAGCAGCAAGGGUGCUUCUCCGCGCGUGGCGAGGGGGCCGUUUCUGAUGCGCCUGGAGGUGCUUCUGAGGCGCAUGCGCCUGCUGCAGUGGUUCGGGUGUAGCCCGGGGGAGGUGCUAUCUGCUGCUGCAGACCUCGAGAGCGCCCUGCUGGGCUACUUCGACAGGCACGGCGACAUGAUCAGCUUUGCCUCGGACGUCCAAGCCUACGCCCUGGCCCUGCCGAAGGACGUCCGGGCUAGGCUCGGGGCCGAGCUCCGGAGCAAGCUGACAGGCUUGGAACCACUUAGUGGGGGAGAGGGAGGAAUCGGGGCUGGAGAGAGCAGGGAGGGGCGGAGAGGGGAGGGAGGGAAGGAGGGGAGGAGAGAGGAGGUGGAGAACGAGGAGGAAAAGGAGGAGAGUGAGAGUGAGAGGAGGGAGGGGGAGGGUACGAGGGAGAUGAGGAGGAGGCUGCGGAGGAUAAUAAGUGUGGAGCAGGUGGAUGGGGCCAUGGGUAACUGGCGCUCCCUGGAUGACCAUGCCCUCAUUGCUCGCGCACAGCACUGCGUCCGCCUCUUCCUGGAAGCUUCCCCGCUCUCUGCCGCCCUGGACCCUCGUGAGAAGGGGCAUGCGGACGAGCUGCUGCCCAUCGCUGCCUCCUGCCUUGUGGAGGUGUAUCGGCGCCGCCAGCCAGAGGGCGUGGGGUACCUCAUAGAGGCCGUCUUGCUGCUCACCUACGGCGUCUCCCUGCGCCCCUUCAGCCCACUGUUCAACACUAUGCUCGUGAGCCUCUAUGGCCUGCUGGGGUGCCCCUCGCUCGCCCUCGCCAGCUUCCAGCGUUUGAGCGCCAAGCACAUACAGCUGGACACGCUGACUCACCUCGUGCUGCCGUACCUGCACCAAUCGGCAUCGCUCGCUGACGUCAGCGCACUGCACGCUGACAUGCGCGCCUUUUUCAACGACCACGUGUGGCGGGACAACGCUGACGUCAGCAUGGAGGCUCUGAGGAAAGGCACGUUUUCAAAGAUCCGUGAGUUUGCUGCUUUCCACCAUCGCCUAAGUCACUCCCAUCAGCGCCUCCUCCUCUCGCCCAACUCCCUCCUCCUCUCCCUCCCGCUCGCCCUCCUCCCCCCCUCCUCCCACCCCUCAGCCCUCACCUCAUCUAUCCAAACCACUCAAUCCGCCUCGGCAGCUCCAAACCAGGCAACUUCUUCCGAGCCUGUGGCGCAGGUCCGGGAGGUGCUGCGGGCAGCAGGAGGCGGGCGGGAGGAGGUUCGGCAGGUGGUUGGGGAGCAGUUGGGUUUGGUUCGGCUGAACGAGGACUGGGGAGUGAGGCCCUGGUGGGACCCCCUGCCUCUUCCCUUCACCAGUCUGCUUGGGGCGUGCAAUAAAGGCCAAUCACCGCCUGACAGCUGGACCAGCUUCGAGUCACCAAGCAAGCAACAAACCCGCGAGGCUCUGUUGCUACAGCACGCGCAGUCAAGAGGCCUCCUCCCCCGCCUCCUCUUCCUCUCCCUCUCCUCCCCCUCCCACCUCCUCCCACCUCAAGCACCGAAAGGGGAGGUGGGAGUUGGGGGAGGUGCAGCAGGAGGGGGGAGAGGAGGGGAGGGCGCAGGGGGGAAGGGGAAGGGCGGGAAGGGGAAGGGGGGGAAAAGUGGUGACGGAGGGAAGGGGAAAGGGAGUGGAGGGGGGAAGGAAGGAAGCGGGGGAGGGAGCAAGGGUGAUAAGGGCGAAGGGGCAUUAAAAGCAACGAGUGAAGGUGGGAUUGGAGGGAGUGAAGAGGAGCUAGAGGCGGUGCAAGGGGAGUGGGAAGCGGUGCUGCGGCAGUACUGCCGGUUGAGUGCGGUGGGUGAGGAGGAGAUGGAGCGGAUGGCGGAGGAGGGAGUGGUUGACUCCGCCCUGCAGCAGGACCUGCCAUCUCUGCUAGCCCGGCUGCCCUGUCUGCUCUUCUCUGCCUCACUCUCACUGCACCGCCUUCAAUCCCCCACCACCGCUGCCACUGCCAGUAGCACCAACGACAGUGCACCCACAGCUUCUGCUGCCACUGCUGUGAGUGCCAAGAGGGCGGUGGGACUGGUGCAGGCUGUAUCUGCAGCUCUUGCCGCCAUCCUUCAGCUGUUCCACAAGGAAUGCUCGCUGCCAGCAGCUUCCCCCGAAGCUUCUACGGAAGAUUCUUUAGAAGCUUCAAAGAAGCACCUGCCGCCUCUGGUAGUUUCUGGGAAGCUGCUGUCGUGCGCUCUGGGAUUGUUUGUUGGUGAGUCAGCCUUCUGGUCGUCGCUUAUCAUAUCCCACUGGCACGCUACGGCACAGAGCCAACCACCUGCUGGGAAGAAGACAAAAAAGACCGCCCAGGAUGUGGCCCAGCAGAGCCUGCCGGAGGAGGUGGUUCGGGCAGUCAAAGCUGCCCGGGAGUUGGCUCGGGCAGGAUUACAGUCCCUUCGAAAGACCUUGUCUGGUCAGGUUACUGGUAAGGGUCGUCUGCCCGAUAGUGACAUGGCUUCUUCUCUUAUUCAGGUGCUCCCUGGCGUGAACAGUAGUGAAGCUGUAGAGGAUGAACGGGCAAUAGCAGGGCAAGUGGUUGGUGAUUUGUGCAAGGUGGUGAAAGAAGGGGUGAAGGGAGAAACAUCAGGCCAGCAGGAUGCAAGCAUCACUUCAAACGAAGGCAGCAGAGACAGGGAAGAUGAACUGCAGAAGGUUGGCAAUGGUGAUUCUGGCGAAGGUGGUAGUGGUAUGGAUGUGGCGUCUGGCGAUUGGAGCAUCAACUCUGCUGCUGAGAGGUUGUUGUGGAGCCAUAGGCGGCUCAUUCAGCAGCUCAUUACCUUGCUAGAUUUGCACGAUGCCAACGACGGGAGCAGGACGACAGCACGUGAUGAGAGGGACAUUAUCAGUGCGACGACGCAUGAUCUGAGCGACAAGAACAGUGCGACGACGCAUGAUCCGAGCGACAAGAGCAGUGAGACAGCGAGAGAUGCGAGGAGGAGGGAGGUAGGGUUAGAACCGCGACCUGUCGACACGAGUUGCUACGUGGCUGCUAUGGUUACGAAAAUCCUCGCAAUCUUCACAAUCCUUGCCACGUGCAGUGCGGUGCUCCUCUCAAGCCGUCUGACCCCUCAGAACCGCUGGUUUCAUGUUCCAGCUUCCCGUCGUGAUCAUGUGUUGGUUCGCGCAUUCCAGCAGAGAGAAUCACGCGUUUACACCGGUGAUGGCGGUGAUAGCGGAGCUUUUGAUAGGAGAGAGCGGAUGAUGCGGGAAGACGGAGACUGGUUCGAAGAAGCGACGAGGCGAAUGGACAACGAGCAACGGGUACUCGAGGUUUCCAGCCUGUUGAACGUGAGGCUGACAUGGCCGAAGCAGCGUCGGGCGAGUGAGCAGCAAGGAAGGCAGAGCCAGCAAGCGCAGGACCAGGCGAGGACGCGGCGGACGUUGAAGCAACGCGCCGGUGCAUCCAGGGGGGCUUCAGAAUCAGCAACUACCGGAGCAGAAUUCAUAGACAAACUACUGGUUGAUAAACUACCCAUUCCCAAGGAGCCGAAGGUGACUGUUGGCGAAAUCGUGGUGCAGGCGUUACAGCUGCGAAUAGAUGGUAACCCGAUGGAGCCCCAGAGUCUGGCGCUGUACAUGAGUGCAAGGAUGAACGCGUCGGGUAGCAUGCUCAACCCUAACGCGUAUACGAUGCUCGCUGAUACCAUUUGGAUGAACGCGAAGUACAAAGGGAGACGCGUAGGGAACACAAAAAUUCAUAAUGUGCAAGUGAAGGGACACACGACUGCACCUUUUGCUGUGCCCAUGAGGAUUGUUGACUACCCCAUUGUGUCCGGCAGCAGCUACAGUACCCUCAUUGCUGUCAUGAGUCAGAAACUACCCAUAGAUGUGCUAAUAACCACACUUGCCCGAAUUCGUUACAACAGUGUGACCUCACCACAAGUGAAGGCAUAUAUGAAAUGCAAGGCGAUUGUGAAUUCCCUAACUAUCCAGGUAAUUUCCCAAGUAUGUGGGAGUUCAAGCAUUGGCCUCACGCACUUUUUUCAAGCCGUUAUGGCUAUCGUGCUCUUGAGGAUGCUUCGCGCGACGCCAGUGGCGCUUUUACUUCUGCUGUUAGUCCAAUGCUACCAAUGCCACGUGGAAGCUCAAGGCGGGAAGUGCGAUCUGAAUGCAGGCUCAUGGGUUCGCAACCCGUCGCUUCCGAAGCGCUACACGGGGUUGACGUGCAAGAGCAUCCGGUCGAGCCUCAACUGCCAGAAGAACGGCCGCAAGGACACGGAGUAUCUCAACUACGAAUGGAAAAGCCCCGGUUGCAACAUCCAGAGGUUCGACCCCAAGGCGUUCCUGUCGCUGAUGCGGAACAAGGUGUUUCUGGGCGUGGGCGACUCGUUCAACCCCAACCUCCAGCACUCCGUGCGCUGCCUCGUCGAGAGCGUCGCCGCCACCAAGGACGUCAACGGCGCGCUCUUCAAGACCGGCCUCUCCGCGCAGGGCUACGUCGUGCCGCAGUACAACGCCACGUUCCUCACUAUUGCCUCGAGCUUCUUGGUCGACGCAAUCCCCGUGGGCGCGGCGUCCAGCAGCAGUCCGUGGAAGGUGAACCUGGACGUGGCCAGCAAGGAGUGGACUCCGUUUCUACGGUACUCGCACUACGUGGUGUUCUCUGCCGGCCACUGGUUCACCAAUUCCGGGAACCUGCGGCAGUGGUUUGUGAAGAAGCAGCAGCAGACGGGCAUGACGUCAUCGGCAGCAAUGACGGCGUCAUACACGACAAUGCGCAACUACAUCUCAAGCUCUGGGUACACGGGCAUGCCCAUGGUGCUCACCUACACGGCCUCGCAUUACGACUCUGCGUUUGCUGCUACUGACUCGGUGAAGGAGUGCAAUCAGGCCAAGGGGCCUAUGACCUCCAAGCAGAUGGCGUUUGCUUCCAAGAAAUCGGACGCACUCGAAGGGAGGACUGCUGUGGUGAAGGCCUCCAAUGCCACGUCGACGGAUUCCGCGAACCCGCUGUCGCAAUGCGACCUGAGUGCCGGCCGCUGGGUGCGCAAUCCCUUUGUGAAGCGCUACACGGGCUUCAGCUGCCAGAGCAUUCGCUCGCAGCUCAACUGCGACCGCAACGGACGCCCCGACUCGGAGUAUGUCAACUACGAGUGGAAGGCCAACGGGUGUAACAUCAAGAGGUUCAACACAGCAGCCUUUCUCAACACGGUGCGCAACAGAGUCUUCAUGUCGGCAGGCGACUCCUAUGCCACCAAUCUCUACCACGCCCUGCGCUGCCUCAUAGAGACCACCACCAAAGUCAAUGACUACAGCACGGAUUCAGCCUUUGGGACGGGAGUGAAGGCGUCCGGAUUCAGCGUACCGUCGCACAACUUCCUUUUCCUCCGCCAGUCCACCAACUUCCUCGUCGAUUCUGACCCUCAUGGUACAGCCUCCAGCAAGGGCCUGUGGACGGUGCGGCUAUGGCAGGCGGACUCCAAGUGGGCGAAGCUGCUUCCACAUGUCAACUAUGUGCUCUUCGCUACUGGCCACUGGUUCACUAACGCCCCUUCCAACACUCGCGACUACCGCGAUUACAACGGGAACCAGAUCAACAUCAACUCAUUGCAGGCCCUGCGCAGAGCGAUGAAAACCGUGCGUGAGACCGUCCAAGCCGCCAACUUCCGCGGCAUGCCCAUGUUCCUCUCCUACACCGCAACACACUACCCCUCGUCGUUCCCGCCGCAAGACUCCAUGCAUGACUGCAUGGGUGCUAAGUCGCCCGUGGGAGACAAUGUGGUGGCGUAUGCGGAGAAAAAUACAUUUUUUAUGAAGGCCCGGAACAUGUUGCGCGCGGUGACGAGGAACUCAAGGUUCAAAAUCAUUGACGUUACAAGGGCUACAUUGUACCGCCCGGAUGCGCACUUGCAGAAGUACGGGGAGGAGUCGGAGGAUUGCUCUCAUUGGUGUGUUCCGGGCGUGCCCGACUCAUGGGCCGACAUUGUGUUUUCCUAUGUUCGGAAGGCUCCGGCCGCAUCGCCUUCAAGGAGGAAUCCUCUGGUUCCGUUUCUGGCGCUGCUGAUGCUGGAAGCGGCACUUGCGGCACCCGUCGCGGCUACGGAGAACGAGACAGUUUGCGACAUCACCGCUGGCGAAUGGAUCUACACCCCGCGACUCGCGCCGCAAUACACGGCGGAGAGCUGCAAGAGCCUGGGGCGCAACUUCGCGUGCCAGCGCAACGGGCGGCCCGACUCGGAGUACGAGAAGUACACGUGGCGCAGCUUCGGAUGCACCAUCGCGGAAUUCAAGCCGCUCUCCUUCCUCACGCUCAUGCGCAAUAAGGUCUUUCUAUUCGUGGGGGACUCGCUCACUAUGAACCUCUUCUCCUCGCUACAGUGCCUCGUUGAGACAGUCACACCCACUGAGGGAGUGGAGGGGCCUCUGUUCCCCGGGGGGCCAAAGUCACAUGGGAUCUACGUACCGGCCUUCAAUGCAACGCUGCUGCGCCACCCCUCCUCCUUCCUCGCCAACUCCAUUCCCGAUGGUGACAGGUCCAGCGCAAGCACGUGGACGGUGCAUCUGGACCAGGUGAAUCCUGAUUGGUCGCCACUGCUACAGUACUCGCACUAUGCGCUGUUUGGAACUGGUGUCUGGUACACCAUGGCGGAUCCCAAGAAGCGCCAUUACUAUAUUAACAACACUCUGCAGCCUGAAAUGGACCGCAUCCUUACAAUGCAACUCGCUAUAAACACAGUGAGGAAGUUCACUCGGAGCCUGAAGUACACUGGCAUGCCGAUGUUCCUAACCUUCACCCCGAUGCAUUACGAUGUGAGGCUGAAUGAGAGCAUGCAGCAUGCCAACUGCAGCGUCAUCCAACGGCCGUUAACCAUCGAGCAAGUCGCCAAUAUGGAUUGGGCGGUUGAAGCAGUGAAGACUCGCAAGGCCCAACUGAAGGUGUUUCGACAUGACCCCGAGUUUAAAAUUAUAGAUAUUACCAACUUAUCCUUGUAUAGAGCAGAUGGUCACCUCCAAUCCUACUUCGAUAUUGAGGGAGGGAUUGACUGCCUGCAUUGUAUCGGAUCAGAAGAAGCGACGGAAUCGCCAACGCAAACGGAGUCUGCGUCAACUGCUGCUGUAGGCCAAGCUGAGCUUGCUGGCGGUCCCCAACCUACGCCGGAGCAGCAAUCCGAACCUGAGAAACCGUCCGAACCUAAGCCAGAACGCGAAACCGCGGUUUCGCCAUCAACGAUUUGUGAUCUAUCCGUUGGAAGCUGGGAGGCCAAUCCAUCCCGCCAGCCACAGUACACCGGGAAGAGCUGCAAGAGCUUGAGUCGACAAUUCAACUGCCAGCGCAAUGGGCGAGCCAACAUGCGGUACCUGCAGUACGAGUGGCGCAGCCCUGGGUGCCGCAUUGAGAGGUUCAAUGCAUCUGCCUUCCUGGAGCGCAUGCGCAACAAGGUGUUCAUGGUCGUGGGGGAUUCCCUCUCCAUGAAUUUCUUUGCAGCCCUCCAAUGCCUCAUCGAAACAGCCACUCCAACCAAGAGCAGGGACGGCCCGCUGUUCCCAGGAGGGCCAAGGACUCGCGCCGUGCUUGCACCGCGCUUCAAUGCUACCUUCCUAAGCCACGCUUCCUCCUUCCUCGUCCAAUCCAUUCCCAGUGGCGCUCCAACCACGGCCAGCACAUGGACGGUGCAUCUGGACCAGGUGCAUCCGAACUGGUCGCCUGUGCUUCCAUACUCCGACUAUGCAAUCUUUGGGAUCGGAGCUUGGUACACCAUUGCCAACCUGCAGAAGAGACACUAUAUGGUGGGCAACAAGGAGCAGCCAAGCCAGAACCGCAUAGCCACCAUGCAGACCGCCCUCCACACAGUCGCACGCUUCACGCGCAGCAUCAACUACACGGGGAUUCCCAUGCUGCUGACCUACUCGCCCGUGCACAUCAAGCUGCGAGCUAACAGCACGGCGCCAGAGCUUGGCUGCAGCUCCUACAUGCGCCCCGUGGGGGAGGAGGCGCUGGAAGGGGCGCAGUGGGCGACAGAUGCCAUGGACGCUCGGAACGCACAGAUUGAGGUGGUGCGGCAAUAUGAGGAGUUCAGAGUGGUUGACGUGACUCCGCUCUCUGUUUUCCGGGCCGAUGGGCACCUUCAGAACCACUGUGAGAGUCCCAAGGGUGUUGACUGCCUGCAUUGCUAA